ACGUAUGUUUAUUGAUCCACCAACAGAUCCAUUAUCUUAAAUUAUAGAACCUUAAACUUACAUAUGCUUAAUUAUAUUCUCGUCUCUACAGUCAGUACUCAGUAGUCUUCCAUCAAUUCAGUUAUCCAAUCUCCAGCAGCUACCAAUGGUUUUCGACAACUGGAAGCCCUUGAACCGAUUAAGGACUGCUGUAAAGAAGGUGAGAUUCCUGUUAAACUACAACGUAAAUCGAUUCCGUCUGGCUUCAAUCAUCGGAAAACCCAGCGGUCAUCGUCGGUUAAGCUUCAACGACAGGCCGGGAUUGCGGGUUAUCACAGACGAUACUGAUUCUGAAGAUAGUGGUUCUGCGAGGGGAUUGCAAGGACUACAGAGAACAAUAAGCUUCCCCUCCGAAGAAGAUGUAGAUAGCAGGGCGGAGAUGUUUAUUUCUAAUUUCUACAGGAGACUUCAGAUUGAGAGACAGAUCUCGCUGGAGCUUCAGUACUGCAGGGAGAACAGUUUGGAGAGUACUCGAUCUGAUUGAUGAAGAUAACUAAUUUUGGUCUAUUGAACCCAUGAUGGGAAAUCAUCAGCUUCUUUGAAACGGGAAGCUUCAGCUAAGUAUCGAUCGUUCUAUUUUCUGUCUAGAUUUGGUGGACUUUGAGUGUUUGUUGUUGAAGGGUAUUCUGAUGAGGAUCUGUGUUUUAUGAGAGAUCUCCUGACUGCAAGAGAAGUUAUUUUUUUCUGUUUUUGUUUUUUUUUUUUUUUUUGAAUUCUUUCAUUUUGGAAAAAUAUGUAAACUCAGUAUUAAUUUCUAUAUUUCUUUGUAAAAAUUGUUUCAUGGAAAUUGACAAGGAUUAAUAAUUGUUAAUUUCUACUUCAUUAAUUAUCCUUAUUGUUGAAA